AUGGCUGAGAUCCGCCGAAAGCUCGUCAUUGUCGGCGAUGGUGCUUGUGGUAAAACCUGUUUGUUGAUUGUUUUCUCCAAGGGCACUUUCCCUGAGGUCUACGUCCCCACCGUUUUCGAGAACUACGUCGCCGAUGUCGAGGUUGAUGGCAAGCACGUCGAGCUCGCCCUAUGGGAUACUGCUGGUCAGGAGGAUUACGACCGUCUUCGACCCCUGUCUUACCCCGACUCCCACGUUAUCCUGAUCUGCUUCGCUGUUGACUCUCCCGACUCUCUUGACAACGUCCAGGAGAAGUGGAUCUCUGAGGUUCUGCACUUCUGCCAAGGUCUCCCUAUCAUUCUUGUCGGCUGCAAGAAGGAUUUGCGAUACGACCAGAAGACCAUCGAGGAGCUCCGAAAGACCAGUCAGAAGCCUGUCUCCCCCGAGGAGGGUGAGGAGGUUCGCAAGAAGAUCGCUGCCUACAAGUACCUUGAGUGCUCAGCCAAGACCAACGAGGGUGUCCGCGAGGUGUUCGAGCACGCUACUCGCGCUGCUCUGCUGUCGCGAAGCACCCGUGGUAGCAAGCACAAGAAGUGCCUUGUUCUUUCAACCUCGACUUGGCCCCGGCAGUUCGGAUACGGGUUCGUGGCAGCCAAGAAGGAGAAGGCUGUCGGCAUGCAUCGGUUUUCUCGGAAUCUGGAGUUUGAUAUCGUCUCGCUCAUGUCUGGUCCAUCGGCCUACGCGCCGACCCUUCUCGCUGGAUUGAUGGUUUUCUUGUCGGCAGAGCCCAUGGUUUCUUGGACCUCCUGA